UCAUUGACAUUAUUGGACUCUUUGGAGACUUAGGGCCUAAUUGCUUUGCAAAAGCCAAAAGAAUUAAAACAAACAACACCAAUGGCGUACUAAUUUUCCAUCCAAAAUUUUGUCUCACUGAGUCAGAGGUCUGUCUUCAGAAGCCCAUUUGUUUUGUGUGUUGAUGACAACAAAAAUCUUUAUCAAAACAAAUAUAGACGGUGGAUUUUUAAAGUAGACUGAGUGUGAAAAGGGGUAAUUUUUCAUGAGGAAUCGGCUUAUCACAUUUUUAUUUGCCACCAAGCUAAUCCUCUUGCAGCAAAUGUAAACAAAGGAUAUUGGUCUCCCAAACAAACUGGAGAUUGUCUUUGAAAUUGGAUUUUACAAAAGUCUCUGAUAUUGGAUCUAAUCUCUCUCAUGGGAGACAGUCUCCCAUAUUUGCUGUGAGUGUGUGCCUCUACUGCAAAUAACUUAUCAAAUUCUCUCAAUGACAUGUUAUGUCUACCGAAUUACUGAAGAGGUAGUACCUCCUGGUUGGCAAAAAUCAUCUUAAUUGCAGACAUUCACACAUCACCAUGGCAACAGUUGGGUGUCAGCUCUGUAGCAACUCAACAGAGGCUGUUGAGUUGUAUGAGAGCAAGUUCCUUUACCUGAAGCCGAUUGCGAAAAUCAACAUCUCGGUGACCUUGCCCCAGAUGAAAACACCAGGGAAGUCAAUCAGCAAUUGGGAGGUGAUGGAAAAGCUAAAGAAGAUGGCCAAACCAGACUCUUUCCUUGUCUUGCGUGUCACCAAAAGUUCACUGGACUUCCUGCGAUUCGAGGCUGAGCUUGAAGCGCGCUCCAUCAUCAAAGUCAUGAUCACAAGACUCGACACAAAGAGCAUCAAGCUUAGCGGGUUCACGGAGGUCAUGAAAGUGCGAGCCGCCGAGGCAAAAAUCCCUUUCCCAAACCGCCACGAUUGGGACGUCUUCUUUCGCGAUACUAAGCACAUGAAUGAAAACAAUCCUGGGGAGAGACCGGAUACAAUUCACGUGGAGAAUCUUCCGGUGCGAUGGUUUGCCAUCGACGUCGAACCGGACAAACCAAGCGAGAUCGUGGUGAGGAAUGUCUUUGGCACUUGUGGCGUGAUCAGGAAUAUUGACAUCCCAAUGUUGGAUCCAUACAGACAUGAGAGUCAAGUGACUGGAGGGAACUUUGGAAAGAUCUCUAGUCUUGGCACCAACCUAACAUUUGAUGUCUAUGUGCAGUUCAUGGAGUACAUCGGAUUUGUGAAAGCAAUGGACACCUUCAAAGGCAUGAAACUCAUGAGAAUUGGACAGGAUGAAAAGUCUUAUACAGCUGAAAUCAAGGUGGACUUUGAUAAGACAAGACAUCUCAGUGCAAAAUCAAUAAAGAAGAGAGAGAAGGAACGACAGAAGUUGAUAGAAUUGAUUAGGAAGAGGGAAGAGCAAAAAAGAUUGGAGAAAGAAGAGGAAGAGAGAAAGAAAGAGGAAGAAAGGAAAAAAAAAGAAGAGGAGAUCAGACUGAAGCAAUUGCAAAAGCAGAUGAAAACACAGCUGAGGAAGAAGCGACAGACAGAACGAGAGGAGAGACGGAGACAGAAGAGAGAGGAAAGGAGAUUGCAGAGAAAGAUAAUGAUGGAGGAAAGGAAGCUUGUCUUGGCUCAGAGGAAACUAGAAUCCAUACGUCUUCUGACAGUGCUCCUAGAGAAAGUUCAGGCACUGAGGCAGGAAGAAGAGGUAGCGCAGAAGCUGUAUGAACUCGAGAAGGCUCGACAGGAGCAGUUACAGAGAGAAAAAGAGCAGAAAGAAGCGGAGGAGCGAAAGAAAAAGAGGGCAGAAGCACGGAAGGAAAAGCAACUCAGACACAAGGAAAAGAAACUCCGAUCUAAGAUUAUCAACGCUUUGAAGACCAAAGAAGAAAAAGCUCAAGAGGAAAAACGUGAAAAACUCAGGAAGCAACUGACCAAAACAAGACUGAAGUCCAGCGUCGUUACGGCAUCUUCGUCGAGUCACCGCCCUACCACGCCCGAACAGCCAUACACCAUCCAAACACAGAUGAUAUCACCAGAGGCUUUGCAAAGGCUUGAGGAGUAUCAUCACAGUUUGGCCAUCUACCAGAGGCAGCUGGCAGCGUACCAUCGGAAUAUGGCAAAUCACUCGUACUACCAGAACAGAAACCAGCAAAGACGGUUUGGGAGCUUCCGCUCACCGUAUGGAACAUUCACACUGAAAAAGAGACAGUAUCAGAAUUGGAAAGAUAGGGAACAUUCGCACCGGGGAAGGGACCGUUACAGGUCCAGGUCAAGAUCUAGAAGUAGGAAUAGAACAAGAAGUAGGUCUAGAUCUAGAUACAGGACUAGAUCUAGGUCAAGGACAAGAUCACGAUCUCGAUCUAGGACUAGAUCACGGACAAGGUCAAGAACAAGAUCUAGAUCAAGAGAAAGGUCUGAGCCAAGGUCUAGCUCCAGAAAAUGGAAGAGGGAAAGGUAUAGGACUAGAUCUAGAUCUAGCAGCAGAUCUAGAUCAAGAGAAAGGUCAAGAUCUAAGACACGUGAAAGAUCAAGGUCAGAAUCUGAGGAAAAAUCUCAUUCAAGAUCUCAGAGUCGGGACCAAGACAAAGCCAGAAGUAGGUCCCAAGACAAGUCUAUAUCUAAAGCUAAGAAGAAAUCUAAGUCAAAAAAGAAAUCAAAGUCAAAGCAUAGGUCAAGGACCAGGGACAGGUCCAAGUCUGGAGAUACAAAGAGAUCCAAGUCAAAAGAAAAGUCCAGAUCAAGAGAUUGCUCUAGGAGCAGAUCUGGACAUAGGUCAGAGUCUAGGGAGAGAUCAAGAGAUGAUUCCAGAGCUUCUGAACCCCUAUUGGACAGUGCAGUUGACAGUGUACAUGUAUCACCCAGUAGGUCUAAAUCUGGAGAAAGAGACAAUGAAGACAAACAACAUGUAGAUGCGUCUCCGAGUAUGUCCCAAGCCAAGGAGACACUCACCUCAGGGAAUAUUAUGGGAGAUGUUCAGUCCCAAAAGGAUGAUGACGAGAGUGUUGCAUCUGGUGGUUGUAGCUCAGAGGAAGCGAACCCUGUGUCUGUAGCUUCUGCAACUCGCGAUCAGGAUGAUUUGGCUUCAGAAAAUUUAGAGUCUGCUGAAAGGGUUUUCCUGUCACCAAAUCAUGGUGAUGAAUCAAAUGAGGUAUCGACUCUAAGAUCUAGGAAAGAAGAUAUAGUUGAAUCGGUGAACGUGUCAGAGGCCUCUAUACCAGAAGGUGAUGACGAAGAUGAAUUCUCUGUUGUGUCUGAGUCGGAGGACAGAAUCGGGUCUGGAAAUGCAUCAAGGGCUUCCACUCCGCAAAAUGAAGACGAAGUCAAUGCUAAUUGGGCUUUUUGAUAAUCCUGGGGGAGUGGAUUGCUGGGCCACGUUAUCACCGUAGGUGCUGCAGGAAAAUUACCAUGGAUUGCAACUUAAUAGCUUAUGUCAUAAAACCAAUCAUAAAUCUUGAAAUUGAUUGUCUACGUGCAGUUGAGUGUCGGUCUCUAGAUCUGACGGUGGUAGGGGGCGUAGGCUUUUUGUUUUAUUCUGUGCACAGUCUGAAAUACAUCUUUUCACCUUUUUUUCUAGGGAGGAUGUUGGUUGUAUGUAUGUACAUGUAUGUGCUACAAGUAUUAUGUAUUUGAUCAAACCUCAUUUCAAUGUUCAUUACACAAGAAUAACUACAAUGUGCAAAACAUAUUUGAUGUGAAAAUAAGGCUUUGAUCUUCCAAGAAAGAAGAUCCAGUUGGUUUAUUUCUUUUUCAAGUUUUCUUUAUCCUACAGUUUGAGGGCUUUCAUGCAAAAGUAACACCUAAUUUUGUAGGUGUUUAGUUGAACCCUCUGCCAAUUUUUAUUCAACAGGGAUAACUAUAUGCAAUCUACUGUGCAUGGCAUGUUUUGUGCAGGGCAUUUUUUGUGAAGAUGAAACAUACAAAGUAGAUACAAUUAUUUUUUAAUGUUUUUUCCCCAGUUUCUCUGUCCUAAGAUAUAGGCUUGUUAUUAAAAAAUGUAGGUAUUUCUUACACCAUUGACAUUUUUGAUUGAUUAAACAUGGACAUCUAUUGCAAUGUAUCACCACAUAAGUGAAGACAACCUCUCAAAUGUGAAGCAAAAAAGUUAUGGGUGGGUUCCAAUUUU